CUCCAUAAUGAGAAAAGUAAGUUACAGAGGCUCUAAUAGGCAAUGCUCUCUCAGGGGAAUCCUCAGUUACCAGCAGCCUGCACCUGCGCACUCCUGGGGGGCUGGAACUCCCACAAACCACUGGGCUGAGCUCCGUUAGGGGCGGGCCCAAGUUGCAUGCCGGGAACAAUCUGAGCCGCAGAACUCUAGGCUUCCGAGGCAUUUCCUCUUUGAGACUGCAUUUCCCAGGAGCCACCACGCCGAAUUAGCCGCCACUUCCGGCAUCCGAGGGUCGGUGUCCUGGUGGGGUGAGGCCCUGAGGUCGAGGAAGAACUCCGUGGCUGCCAGAGGCCUCUACUGAGCAGGACCCCAGCCGGAGGGACCCGCCAGUGUGGUCGUACCAUUAUCCAAAAGGACCCUGGGAAGGAUGAGAGUAUUAUUGCUGCACGUCUAAAGUCAAGGGAGGGGAAGCACGAGGAAGAUGGAUCAAUUUUGUCAUUCUAAAAACAUGGCCUAUGGAUCUCUGUCAUUCGGGGACGUGGCCAUCAGCUUCUCCCAGGGGGAGUGGGAGUGCCUGGACCCUGCUCAGAGGGCCUUGUACAGGGACGUGAUGUUGGAGACCUACAGCAACCUGGUCUCUCUGGCAGGAAGUUCCAUUUCUAAGCCAGAUGUGAUUACCUUAUUGGAGCAAGAGAAAGAGCCCUGGGUGGUUGUGAGGAGAGAAACAAGCAGAUGGUAUCCAGGUCUCACUAAGAUCAUCCACUCUUUUCUCAAGUCCAAUUUGGAGUCAAAUUAUGGAGCUGAGAAGUUAUCUCCAGAAAAUGAUAUUCAUGAAAUAAAUUUGCCUAAACAGAGUAUAAAGCAAAUAAGUAAAACUCUUGACCUUAAAACCUCCAAUUUUAGAAAUGACUCAAAAUGCAGAAAUAGAUUUAGGGGACAACAGGGACAUCAAGAGGGGUAUAUCAAUCAAAAGAUAAUAAGCUAUGAAAAAAUGCAUACUUCUACUCAUCAUACUUCUCUUAUUCACACUACAGAUAAGCCAUAUGAAUGUAAGGAGUGUGGGAAGUACUUUAGUCGUGGUUCAAAUCUUAUUCAGCAUCAGAGUAUUCAUACUGGAGAGAAACCCUAUGAAUGUAAGGAAUGUGGGAAGGCCUUUAGACUCCUUGUCCAACUUACUCGACAUCAGAAAUUUCAUAGUGGUGAGAAACCCUUUAAAUGUAAGGAAUGUGGGAAAGCUUUUAGUCUUCCUACCCAGCUUAAUCGCCAUGAGAAUAUUCAUACAGGUGAGAGACCAUUUGAGUGUAAGGAAUGUGGGAAGUCCUUUAAUCGUAGCUCAAACCUUGUUCAACAUCAGAGUAUUCAUACAGGGAUAAAACCAUAUGGAUGUAAAGAGUGUGGGAAAGGCUUUAAUCGUGGUUCAAAUCUUGUUCAGCAUCAGAAAAUUCAUUCUAGUGAGAAACCCUUUGAAUGUAAGGAAUGUGGGAAGACCUUUAAAUAUCAUUACCAACUUAUUGAACAUUGUCGAAUUCAUACUGGUGAGGAACCCUUUGAAUGUAAAGAAUGUGGGAAGGCCUUUAGUCUUCUGAUAGAGCUUGCACGACAUCAGAACAUUCAUACUGGUGAGAAACCAUUUAAAUGUAAGGAAUGUGGCAAGGCCUUCAGUCGUGGCUCGAAUCUUGUUCAACAUCAGAGUAUUCAUACCGGUGAGAAACCAUAUGGGUGUAAGGAAUGUGGAAAGGCUUUUAGACUUCACCUACAACUUUCUCGGCAUCAGAAGACUCAUACUGGUGAGAAACCCUUUGAAUGUAAGGAAUGUGGGACAGCCUUCCAAUAUCAGUACCAACUUAUUGAACAUCAGCGAAUUCAUACAGGUGUGAAACCUUAUGAAUGUAAGGAAUGUGGGAAAAUGUUUCGUCGUGGUUCAAACCUUAUUCAGCAUCGGAGUGUUCAUACUGGAAAAAAACCAUUUGAAUGUAAAGAAUGUGGGAAGGCCUUUAGACUCCAUAUACAACUGAUUCGACAUCAGAAAUUUCAUACUGGUGAGAAGCCCUUUAAAUGUAAGAAAUGUGGGAAAGCCUUUAGUCUUCUCACCCAGCUUAAUCGUCAUGAGAAUAUUCAUACAGGUGAGAAGCCAUUUGAAUGUAAAGAAUGUGGGAAGUCCUUUAAUCGUGUCUCAAACCUUGUUCAACAUCAGAGUAUUCAUGCUGGCAUGAAACCAUACGAAUGUAAAGAGUGUGGUAAAGGCUUUAAUCGUGGUUCAAAUCUUAUUCAGCAUCAGAAAAUUCAUUCUAGUGAGAAACCCUUUGAAUGUAAGGAAUGUGGGAAGGCUUUUAGGUAUUAUUACCGACUUACUGAACAUCAUAGAAUGCAUACUGGGGAGAAACCCUUUGAGUGUAAGGAAUGUGGAAAGGCCUUUACUCUUCUGACACAGCUUACUCGACAUCAGAACAUUCAUACUGGUGAGAAACCAUUUAAAUGUAAGGAAUGUGGCAAGGCCUUCAAUCGUGGCUCAAAUCUCAUUCAACAUCAGAGUAUUCAUACUGGUGAGAAACCCUAUGGAUGUAAAGAAUGUGGAAAGGCUUUUAGACUUCACCUACAACUUUCUCGACAUCAGAAAACUCAUACUGGUGAGAAACCCUUUGAAUGUAAGGAAUGUGGGACGACAGCCUUUAGACAUCAGUACCAACUUAUGGAACAUCAGCGAAUUCAUACAGGUGUGAAAUCCUAUGAAUGUAAGGAAUGUGGAAAGAGCUUUAGUCGUGGUACAGACCUUAGAGUACAUCAGAGAAUUCAUACUGGUGAGAAACCCUUUGAAUGUAAAGAAUGUGGAAAGGCCUUUAGACAUCACUACCAAUUUCUUGGACAUUACAGAAUUCAUACUGGUGAGAACCCCUAUGAAUGUAAGGAAUGUGGGAAAUGCUUUACUUGUGGUAGCGAACUUAGAGUACAUCAGAGGAUUCAUACUGGUGAGAAACCAUAUCAAUGUAAGGAGUGUGGGAAGGCCUUUAGUCGUAGCUCAAACCUUAUUCAACAUGUUAAAAUUCAUACUGGUGAGAAGCCCUAUGAAUGUAAGGAAUGUGAAAAGGCCUUUAGCAAUAAUUAUGAACUUACUGUACAUCAGAGAAUUCAUACUGGUGAGAAACCUUAUGAAUGUAAGGAAUGUGGGAAAACUUUUAGACUUAGUUCAGUCUUUACCGCUCAUCAGAGAAUUCAUACAGGUAUGAAACCCUAUGAAUGUAAAGAAUGUGGAAAGACCUUUAGUUGUAGCUCAAACCUUAUUCAGCAUGAGAGGAUUCAUACUGGUGAGAAACCUUAUGAAUGUAAGGAAUGUGGGAAGGCCUUUAGACUUAGGUCAGUUUUUAUUGCCCAUCAAAGAAUUCAUACAGGUCUGAAGCCCUAUGAAUGUAAAGAAUGUGGGAAGGCCUUCACUGUGAAUGGUCAGCUUACUCGGCAUCAGAAAAUUCAUAAUCGUCAGAAGUCCUGUGAAUAUGAGGAAUGUGGGAAAAUCACUGGAUAUGAACAACUUAACAUCAGAGAGUUCAUAGUGGCAAGAAAUUCUAUGAAUAUAAAAAAAUGUGGGAAGACCUUUCAUUGUGGACUGAGAUUUGCUCAACAGCACAGUAUUCCUACUGGUAUGUUAAUUUCAUACACUUAGAAAAGCUUUCAAACUCAAACUGGAGGAAAACUGUUGUUGGAACAAAUGUAAGCUAACGUCUACCUGAGGCAGAUGCUUUAUCACCAUUGCCAUUUCACUACCUGUGUGACAUUAGGUGCCUAUCCUCUUUGUGCAUCAUUUGUAAAUGGUAACAAAAGUGAGUACAUACUAAUGCAAUUACGGGAAUAAAGGUGUUCUAGUACACACAAAAUCCUUAAAAGAGUAUUUGGCACAUGCUUGUGUUCAUAAAGAACAGCUUUUAUGUUUCAUUAGCAUUGUUGAUGAUAGGAAAAUUGCAUUAUUGUGAAUAAUUUAGAAAAACCUCAUCCAUUCCUUCAUUAUUAAAUUUUAAAUAACUUGUUCUGUAUAAGAUUUCAUGGGAAGUAAAGAAUACAAGAGGAUUUUCAUUAAGAGUUUAUUCCUUAAGUUACAUCAAAAAGUUAAUUUUGGAAAGAAACCCUAGGGAUUUAAUGAGUGAGGAAAUGUUCAAGAAUCAGGGAGAGUUCAUUUGAAGUGAUUUGUCUGUAAAAAUAUCAACUGGCAGAAAAUGUAUAAUUUAUUUCUCUGUCCAGAAGCUAAGAUAAAUAUUAGUAAAAGAAUAGCAAAAUAAAACCUAUCCAUUUAUAUAUUCUUCAACUUUAUCUUGAAAAUUGCUGCUCAUAUGAAAAAGUUGAAAGAAUGAACACCCAUAUACCCCUUUGUAGAUUCAGAGUUGUUAACAAUUUGACAUUUAUUUUUCUGUAUAUUUUAUGUUGUACCAUUGAGAAUAUGUUUUAGACACCAGGAUACUUUCCCCUUUAUUACAUCAGUGUGUAUCUCCCAAACAUAAAGACAACCUCAUAUAUAGCCAUAGUAUCAUAAUUACCCUUAAGGAAAUUCUCCAUAAUUCCACAGUAUCUAUCUCAUCAGUUUCUUCAUUGGCUUCUAAGAUGCCAUUUACAGGGGUUCAUCUUCUAAGUAGAAUGCAUUCCGGAUUCUGUACUGUAUUUGGUUGUUAGCACUCUUUAUUCUUUUUUAUUUUUUUUUAAGAUUUAUUUGAGAGAGCGAGAAUGAGAGAGAGCGUGUACAUGAGAGGGGGGAGGGUCAGAGGGAGAAGCAGACUCCCCACCGAGCAGGGAGCCCAAUGCGGGACUUGAUCCCGGGACUCCAGGAUCAUGACCUGAGCCAAAGGCAGUCACUUAACCAACUGAGCCACCCAGGCGCCCCAUCUUUAUUCUUUUUUAGUCUACAACAGUGACUCACAAUUUCUUGGGUAUCAGAAUCAUCUGUGGAUCUUAGUAAAAAUACAAAGGUCCAGGCCCACUGAACCUCUGUGUUUGUUUUAGCUUUCCAGGGGAUUUUGGUACGCACUGUAGAGCGCCACAAAUCUAGAACAUUUCUUCUUUUUCAAAAAUUCUUAAAUAAUGUUGACUUUUUGAGACGUCCAGGAAAAUUGUCUGCCAUUUGUUUAGAUUUUAUGUUUCUGUAUGGUGUCAUUUAGCCACCUUCUAUCCUUUGUAUUUUCUGUACAAAGGAGACUGGGGGGAGGGGUUGCCUGGGUGUCUUAGGUCAUGAUCUCAGGGUCCUGGGAUCGAGCCCUGCAUUGGGCUCCUUGCUCAGCGGGGAGCCUGCUUCUCCCUCUCCCUCUGCCUGCCACUCCCCCUGCGUGUGCUCUCUCUCUCUCUGUCAAAUAAAUGAAAUCUUUAAAAACAAAACAAAGGAAAUUGAGUCUAGAGGCUCUAUUAGGUUCAGAUUAAAUGUUUUAAGGGGAGAAUACUUUGUAGGUUAUGUUUGUAUGUCAUAUCGCAACAAGUCAGAAAGCAUGUAAGGACAGGUCAUUGCUUUGUUAGUAAAACUAAGUUUGAUCAUUUGGAUAAGAUGAUACUAUUGUAAAGAUCUCCACUGUAAAGAUCUGUGGAGAGACUGUCACCUCUUUGAAAAUUUAUAAUCAAGUGUAUUUAAAUCCUGAAUCAAUAGAAAAUUAAAAAAUGAAAUUGACUUGGGGCGCCUGCGUGGCUCAGUCGUUAAGCGUCUGCCUUCGGCUCAGGUCAUGAUCCCAGGGUCCUGGGAUCGAGCCCCGCAUCGGGCUCCCUGCUCGGCGGGAAGCCUGCUUCUCCCUCUCCCGCUCCCCCUGCUUGUGUUCCCUUUCUCGCUGUGUCUCUCUCUAUCAAAUAAAUAAAUAAAAUCUUAAAAAAAUUAAAAAAAAAAAAGAAACUGACUUUUCAGGAAUGAAUUGCAUUAAAAUGCAAACAUGAUUGAACUUGUGGAAUGUGGCUGGAGCUAAACUCUGUACAGAAUUAAUAUCCUUAAGAAAGAUAGGAUAUAAGAUAUAAGAAACCAAGAUUGCUUUGACCAGAACCUUCUUUUGUUGUUCAGCACUUUGUCCCCUGUACCUUUAUUGUGUCUGGCACAUGAGAAAUUGAUAAACCUUAGGGGAAAAAAAAUUGAACCUUCUGGUCAAGAAGCUUUAAGACAAAUCAGAAUAAACCCUAAGCUAAUAUAAGGAUCAGGACAGUAAAAAUGAGGAUUAAUUUGUAUUUCCCUGAUGCCAAGUGAUGUUGAGCAUUUUUUCAUGUGGCUGUUGGCCAUUUGUAUGUCUUUGGAGAAUUGUCUGUUCAUGUCUUCUGCCCAUUUCUUGACUGGAUUUUUUGUUUUUUUGGGUGUUGAGUUUGAUAACUUCUUUUUUUGUUGCUGUUAAGAUUUUAUUUAUUUAUAUGACAGAGAGAGAACCAAGCACAAGCAGGGGGAAAGGCAGAGGGAGAAGCAGGCUUCCCGCCGAGCAGGGAGCCUGAUGCAGGAUUUGAUCCCAGGACCCUGGGAUCAUGACCUGAGCCGAAGGCAGAUGCUUAACUGGCUGAACCACCCAGGUGCCCCUGAGUUUGAUAACUUCUUUUUAGAUUUUGGAUACUAGCCCUUUAUUUGAUUUUAUCUUAUUUUUUAUGGCUGAAUAAUAUUCCAUAUUAUAUAUAAUAUUCCAUAUAAAUAUUCCAAUAUAAAAUACACACCACAUUUUCCUUAUCCCUUCAUCUGUUGAUGGAUGCUUAGAUUAUUUCCAUUUCUUGGCUAUUGUAAAUAAUGCUGCAAUGCGCAUGAGAGUGCUGAUAUCUCUUAAAGAUAGUGAUUUCAUUUUUUAUUUUUUGGACAUAUAGCCAGAAGUGGGAUUGCUGGGUUAUAUGGUAGUGUGUAUUUUUAAUUUUUUGAAGAACCUCCAUACUGUUUUCCAUAGUGGCUGCACUAAUUUAUAUUCCCACCAAUUGUGUACAAGGGUACUCUUUACCUCCUUACCAGCUCUUGUUAUUUCUUGUCUUUCUGAUUACAGCCAUUCUUUUUUUUUUUUUUAAGAUUUUAUUUAUUUAUUUAUUUGAGAGUGAGAGAAUGAGACAGCACGAGAGGGAAGAGGGCAGAGGGAGAAGCAGACCCCCCGCUGAGCAGGGAGCCCGAUGUGGGACUCGAUCCCAGGACUCCAGGAUCAUGACCUGAGCCGAAGGCAGUUGCUUAACCAACUGAGCCACCCAGGUGCCCUGAUUACGCCAUUCUAAUAGGUGUGAGAUGAUAUCUCAGUGUGGUUUCGAUAUGCAUUUCCCUGAUGAUUAGUGAUAUUGAGCACCUUUUCAUGUACCUGUUGGCCAUUUGAAUAUCUGUGGAAAAAUGUCUUCAGGUUCUUUACCAGUUUUUAAAUUAGAUUAUCUGGGAGUUGUUUGUUUGUUUUGCUAUUGAGUUUUAUGAUUUCAUACCAAUCUCUUAUCCAGUACAUACUGGCUUGUGAUAUUUUCUCCCUCCAUAUGUUGCCUUUUCAUUUUUUUAUCUCAUUUAUUUUUCUGUGCAGAAGUUUUUAGUUUGAUAUAGUCCCAGUUAUUUAUUUUUGCUUUUGUUACUGGUGCUCUAUGUGUCAUAUGCAAAAAAAAAUCAUUGCCAGAACUUUUUACCUGUGUUUUCAUCUGGGAGUCUUAUGUUUUCAUGUCUUACAUUUAUUUAAGUCUUUAAUCCAUUUUGAGCUAAUUGUUGUGAGUAGUAUAAGAGGGGAGUCUAGUUUUAUUCUUUUGCAUGUGAAUAUCCAGUUCCCCAGCACCAUUUAUUGAAGAGACUGUCUUUAUUGAGCAUUCUUGGCUCUCUUUUCAAAUAUUAAUUGACCAUGAAUGUAUGGGUUUAUUUCUGGGCUCUCAAUUCUGUCCCAUUGAUCUAUGUGCCUGGUUUUAUGCUGAUACCAUACUCUUGAUUCCUAUAGCUUUGUAAUAUGGUUUGAAAUGGGGAAAUGUCUCUAGCCUUGUUCUUCUGUGUCAGGAUGGCUUUGGCUCUUCCAAGUCUUUGGGUUUAAAGUCUAUUUUGUCUGAUAUUAGUAUAGUCACACUUGCUCUUUUGGUACUUUUUGCAUGGAAUUUUUUUUCUUUUUUCUGAUACUUUCAACCUGUUUGUGUCUUUGGAUCUUAUGAAGAUGGAUCAUGUGUUUUUAUCCGUUCUGCCAAUCACUGUCUUUUGACUGGAAGAGUUUAAUCCAUUUACACUUAAAGUAAUUACUGAUAAGGAGGAACUUCUAUCAUUGUGUUAUUUGCUUUCUAUAUGCUUUAUGGAUUUUUUUCAUCCCUCAUUUCCUACAUUACUGGCUUUUGUGUUUAGGUUUUUUUGGUAUGGAAAUGUUUAAGUUUUUUUCUCAUUUCCCUUUGUGUAUAUUUUCUUUGUAGUUACCAUGUGGAUUAUAUUUAACAUCCUAAUUUGAAUUUAUACCAGCUUAAUUUCAGUAACAUACAAAAACUGCACCUUUACAGCUCUGUAUCCACCUCUUUUGGCUGUUAAUGUCACAUAAUUAUGUCUUCAUACAUUGUGUGUCCCAAAACAAGCUAAUAGUCUUUUAAAUGCAUUAGUCUCUAAAAGAGACUAAUUUGUUUCUUAAUGUAGAAAACAAGAUUUAGAGUAACAAACCAAAGUUACAGUAAUAUUAGAUGUCCUGUUACUCCCAGCCUAUUGAUGAUGUUGUUGGCUAAGAAUGCCUGAGGCAUGGGGCACCUGGGUGGCUCAGUUGGUUUGGCGUUCAACUCCUGAUUUUGGCUCAGGUAAUGAUCUCAGGGUUGUGAGAUUGAGCCCCAAAUUAGGCUCUGCACUGGGCAUGGAGCCUACUUAAGAUUCUCUCUCUCCCUCUCCCUCUGUCUCUCCCUGCUUGUUCUCUCUCUCUCUCUCAGGGGAAAAAAAAAAAAAGGAAUGCCUGAGACACUUGCUCAAGCACAUAGUCCUUGUAGCAAGCCCUCACAGACAUUUCCCCCACUGGGACCAAAGUUGUGGCUGGAUCAGCCCCCGUGGUUCUUACGAUUUCAAGAUAUACCUCAGCAAUGACCAUCAGAGAACUUCGAAGAACAGGCAUUAUUACAGAUCCUCUAAGACCCAUGGUACAUCCAAGGGCCGCACAGUGAGGUUGCAGGUAUAGGGAGAGAGAGUGCAGACCUGGGGCUCUGCCUUUAUUAGGAACUGAGGGUGGGGUGUCUAGGGUUUCACAGUUUCACUCCUUAUUGGCUAAUUUAAAGCCUGAGUGGGAAUUAAGGUACUGGAACGGAGAAGCAAGGUUACUCAAGUGAUCAAUUAUCUAGGUUGCCCAGGGCUUUCUGAAACAAGGAGCUUCAUGAGUGAGGGUGACCUAAUUCCUUCUCUGGUUGUUUUGCUAGUAGUGUCAAACAGUUGGCAAUAUGUCUAUUCAAGAUGGAUUUCUUUUGAAAUGGAUGCCUCAGUGACCAAAAUAUUAAUAUCAGGUACUUACACUAUUACCAAAAAACUUAAUGUCAGCACUUAUUACUGUGCUAGCUUUUACACGAAUUGUUUUUUCUUUAAAUGUAUUAAGCUUUUAAAUCACAUAAAAAGCAAAAGGUACUACAAACCAUUGUUUACUGGUUUGUCUAAUUGCUCAUGUAUUUACUUUUAUUGAGAUCUUUAUUUCUCUAUAUAGCUUGUGUUACUGUCUAGUGUCUUCAUUUCACCUUGCAAGACUCCCUUGAACAUUUCUUGCAGGCUAGGUCUAGCAAGCACCAAGUCCUUUGGCUUUUGUUGAUCUGGGAAUGUCUUAAUUUCGCUGUCAAUUUUGAAGGGCAGGUUUUUCUGGAUAUAGGAUUCUUGGUUUAAAGUUUUUUUCCUUUGGCAUUUUGCAUAUAUUGAUCCACUGUCUUCUGGCCUCCAGAAUUUCUGCUGAGAAAUCUGGUAAUCUUAUUGAGUAUCACUUGUAUGUAAUGAUUCACUUCUCUCAUCACUUUCAAGGUUCUCUUUGUCUUUUGAAAGUUUGUAAUGUGUCUUGUGGAUCUCUUUUUAUCAAUUAUUUUUUAAAUUGAAGUGUAGUUGACACAGGUAUGGAUCUCUUUGACUUAAUUUUAUAUGGAGUUUGUUGUGCUUCUUGGAUGUUUAUUUUAUGUCUUUAGUUGAAUUUGGGACGUUUUAGCAUUAUUUCUUCAAAUAAUUUCUUCAAAUUUCUUCUGCCUUUUUCCCUCCCUCUCUUUUCUCCUUGGACUCCCAUGAUGCAUAUGUUGGUCCACUUGAUGGUAUCCCAGAGGUCCUUUAAGCUGUUUGCUUUUCCUUAAUAUUGUUUUCUUUCUGUUCCUCAUACUCAGUAAUUUUCAUUGUUCUAUAUUCAAGUUCUCUGAGGCUUUCUUCUGCUUGCUCAAGUCUGCCUUUGGAUCCCUCUAGUGAAUUUUUCAUUUCAGUACUUUUCAGCUCCAGAAUUUCUUUUGUCUUUUUUAGAUUUCCAUCUCUUUAUUGAUAUUCCAUUUUGUUCUCACAUUAUUUCCUUGACUUUCUCCAUAUUUUCCUUUAGUUCUUUGAGCAUCUUUAAGGCAGUUAUUUUAAAGUCUUUGUCUAGUAUAUCUGCCAUUAGUUACUUUUCAGGGAUAAUUUAUGUUGAUUAAUUUGUAUUUUCUUUGAAUGCCUUUUGAUUUUGAUAUUGUUGUUUAAACUGGCCAUUUGAAUCUAAUAAAUGUGGUAACUCUGGAAAUCAGAUUCUCUCCCUUCCCCAGGGUUUGCUGUUUUGUUUUGUUUUGGAGGUUAUUUGUUUAUUUUUGGGUUUUGGUUUUUGGUUUUGGUAUUGGUUUUGAUUGUUGUAGGCCAUCUCUGUUCCAAGGAUAAGUUUGAAGUUUAGAUCAGAAAAGAUCUAAGACCUUAUGUUCCACUUCCAGAUCGUAGAGUAAAAAGGUAUCUCUGCAGACCCAUUCCCAAGUAAAAGAAGUAAAGCUGGAAAGUAAAAUUUAAAAUCCCACAACAACUAAACAUUUAAAGUUUGAAACAUCGUAAGGGCAUACAGCAAGUGAAAUAUUUAUCAAAAAAUUUACUGAAACUUGGAAAGAACAGUGAGAACCUGGCAUUUAAAAUAUGACCUGUUCCCUCCUCCACUGCAGCUUCCCUUGAUAGAAGCUUCAUUGUAGGUAGGUGUGACCAAGAAGAUGGAGCUCCCUCUCCCUCCAGCUCCCAAUCAAGGGUUACCAUAUCUCAAAGGGACGGGGAGGCUGCAAGUGUUUCUCAUCCUUACCAACUCAGUUGAAGAGGCUAAAUGCCUGAUGAGUAUGGUUGAGUAGUUUGGGACUUCCUCCACCAGCCCCUACCCUACAUAGAUGGGAUACUCUACUCAGGUAUAGGGAGCCCAGAAUACUGGGACCCUGAUUGUCCUCAUCUCAGCUCACAUUUAGGACAGAUUCCACACCAAGAGAGGCUACCACCAAGCACAAUGCCCAGAAUAGUGGUUCAGAGAUUUUUGCCCAGAGGGAGUAGCAGUCUAUAAGAAAAGAGCUCUGAAGCUCUCUCCGAAAGAACUGAUUUUAUUUGAAACAAUAUGGGAAAAUUCAAGGCUGAGGGCAAUGUUAAAGCAAAUAGUUCCUCUGAAUUAAAAAUAAUAACUAAAACCGUAGGAUAGCUAUUUUAUCAUACACACCUGGGGAAUGAGCUAAUAAUUUCUAUAUAUUUUAAGGCCAACAGUACAAUUACAUAAAUAUUUUUCCAUACAACUUUUUAAAUCUCCUAGGAAGAAAUAUGAAGCUAUAUUGUAUUAUAAUUACUUCUACUACUUUUUUUUUUGGUUUUGAAUUUCUGUUCAGAAUUACUUCAACUUGAAGAACAUUCUUCAGUAUUUCUUUUAAGCAUUUUUACCAUGAUGUAUCUGUUUGUGGGUGUCUGCACGCAUCCUGCUGGGAGUUUGUUGAGCUUCUGUUCUAACCGUUUCACAGCCCUAGGUGGAUGUGAUGCUGACCUUCAAAGAGUGACACCUCUUGCUAUUGUUUUCAAUAAUGCCCUGAGGAUAGACCUUUUACAGAGUUUCAAAUCAGGUAAGUCCCCUCUGAUGACUGCCAGACUCAGUUUCUGCAGUUUCUGGUGUUGGUUGAGAAUGAUUGAGAGUGACCCAAGGUAGAAUGUCACAAAUCCCACUGUUCUUAUUGAGGUUCAGUAGUGUUUCUUCAAUAAAUGCCUUUUAGUUUGUCAUAGAAGUUCAGUUCAUUUAUAGUGUUUUAAAAUGGUAAAUUUUUUGCCUUUUUUUAAAUCUGUGAAGGGAGAAGAUUUACUGAGAUCCUUACUGCACCAUUCCAGAAGUCCCUUCUUGGCAGCUUCUUAUAGGGUUAAACGUACACCAUAUGACUUAGAAAUUCCACUCUGAGAAACAGCAAUAAAGGUGCUUGCCCACAGUUCUCUUCUCUCCCGUGGCGCCUUGUGUAUGAUCCUGGCACUUCCACAAAGCGACCCCACAUGGCAUGCUGUGUUCUCCCCUGGGAACUCCACACUGGGAGGUUCUCCAACACGGGACAUGUCUGAGCUCAGCUCAGGGCCUGGGAGAGCAGAAGUCCAAUGAACUACUAAGCAAAUGAAUGUUCAGAACAAUGGCUGGCAUUUCUUGUCCA